CUGGCAUAUACAUAGUACCUAUUUUAUUCAUUCUAAGUUUGAUUCUCGGACGAAUCUAGCUACCUUGUAUCUUAGCUUCAACAAAAGUUCAACACGUCGGUAACUCAAGGUCCACAUUCACAUUAGAAGCUAAUGCGGGGGGGAUUAUACCACGUGUACUAUGUAACAGAUACCCCUUAGCUGUCCCCUAGGAUACCUAGAUGGUCAGGCAUGAAGCAUCAUGCAUCAUGCCGGUUAACCCCCACCAAACCUCACAUCUGCAGUGUCACCCUUGAGUGUAUAAAGCACCUAACAUAGCAAAUCAACGAGGCCGCCGUGUCACAGGUAUCCAGUUCGGAAACACGGCAUGGCUACCUGUAGAAUACAUAGUAGGUAUUCUUCUUUUUGAAGCCUGCCAUUUUCUUACGUCCUCAACCUCUCCAGAUUCCUUAUUACGCCAAGUAUUUUCUUUUUAAUUUAGCAUCGCCGUACGAUAACAAACCUGGUUCCUGAUAACUUGCAUCAUGCCGCGUAGGAAGGCUCUUCUUAUCGGGAUCAACUAUUUCGGUUCCGAACAUCAAUUAAAUGGCUGCAUCAAUGACGCCGAGAACAUUAGGAACUUCCUCGUCGAGGAGAGAGGCUUCUCACCCAGCCCUCACGACAUGGUCAUGCUGUCGGACAUGCCAGAAAACGCGGGCACCCCUUUCUUUCCCACAGGCGCCAACAUCUUAGCUGCCAUCAAUUGGCUCGUAACCAUGAAUCGACCCGGUGAUAUACUUUGGUUGAGCUACUCUGGUCAUGGAGCCCAAAUAAGAAAUUAUGCUGGUGACCGACCUUCAGGUUUCGACGAUACAAUAUGUCCGGUCGACUUUGCUGAAAACGGACAAAUUUCGAGCGAAAUACUGCAUCGAGCAAUCGUCUCCCCGAUGAAUCCCGCCUGUCGUCUUACCAUAUUAUUUGAUUGCUGUCAUUCCGGUUCGGCCUGCGAAUUGCCAUACGUCUACCGACCCGACGAGGACGGCAAUGUGAACCUAGUGGACACGAUCAAGCAAGGUAUCGGAUUGAUCCGUGCAGCCGAGGGGCUUUUUGAGGGGGGCUUCUCCAUGUCCAAGGUGGACGAUGCCAAGAUGCUAUUAGGCGGUGCGACCGACUUCUUCAACGGGUUGCAUCACCGUCGAGACCAGGAAGUCGACGAGGAUGGGCUCGUUGCUGAGAACUUCCAGGAACAUUGGGAGACGGAAGGGAAAGAUGUCUGGAUGUUCUCUGGAUGCGCCGACAAUCAGACCUCGGCGGAUACAUCCAUUGCCGGUGCACCUACCGGCGCCAUGUCGUGGGCGCUUCUUAGGACUUUGAGAGAGAACCCUCAACAGUCCUAUAUAAACAUCCUUCAAAAUACCAGAGAAGAACUAGCGCGAAACUACUCCCAGGUACCGCAACUCAGCUGCGGCGGUAGAUAUGACUUAGACCAAGUCUUUAUGCUAUAAGUUCUUAGUAUCGUCUAGGUUGAGAUGUUUAUAACAAGAUUGAAGUAGGAGACAAUUUUGUCUUAAAGACUUAUAAAUUUUCCUGCCUUCGUGCUGAUCUUAGCUUAGAUUUGUAGCCUCAAGGGGGCUUGAUGGAGCUGAAAAAACCUUCCAUAUCAUAGAAGAACCAUCGAAUUGAAAUCCCUGAGCCUCUCUUGUUGGCGUAUUAUCAAAGAGAACUGACUAUACGCCAUGUACGUAUAAAUGACGUAGAGAUCUCUACUAUAUAUAACUGCCAAGAUCCAGCAAAUUGUCUAGGCGUAGGGCUGAAGUGGGCCGCAAUAGAGACGAAUUGACAAACCAAGGUCCCGGGUACAG